AGUUUAGGAAUACGCGCGAAAUCGCAUUCAGUGUAGGUGACUUUAGUAAAAAGUUUUAUUGGAGACGGUGACUCGAUUUUCGUAAGUUCAGUGUACCUUCAUUUGAAGUGGUUCAAGUGGUAAUUUUUUUGAAGGAUAUAUUCGACUGUCAAGGUUUUUUCCUUUUCCACGUCGGUCGGAAAAAGAUUUUGCAAGUGACAGAUCAAAAAUGUGAUUAAAGUUACCCAGCCAGGUUUCCACCUGAUCUGUCAGGAUGUGUUGGUGUUGCGAAACGUAUUUUCAACCGAGUGAACUGUGAAGUAAAGAAUUGGAAGGAUGGUUGCCGCCGUUGCCGUUUGAGAAAGUUUUAUACUUCGGCGAGGAUGGCGUUAUAUUCCCGAGACGUUAUCAUGUUUUUUAUAAUACUUGUGUAUCUGGUUGACGUUAUAAAUGGAUCCGUUACCGCAGGACAAAUUUCACUCCUUGAUAGACACAAGCGCAGCUACGAACAUCGCAAGAACAAGGAAAAGAUUAUCCAUGAUAUCGGCAAUGCUGUUAAGUCGAUGCCAAAUGGCGGCAAGCCCGGAAUAUUUGCUACGGAAAACUGCACCGUGGUAGUUGCUCAAAUCGGAGGGACUGCAACCUUGCCGUGUGUCGUACGAAAAUUCAGCAACGGCGUGGUGUCGUGGAUACGAAAGCAGGACUAUCACUUACUCACAGUCGGCUUAACAACUUAUAACACCGACGAUCGCUUUAUGGUGGAACAUGUUCGCCAUCUUCAAAAUUGGGGAUUGCUCAUAAAGCACGUCCAGCCCUCGGACGCUGGCUUAUAUGAGUGUCAAGUUUCGACUCAUCCGCCUAUUAGCAUUCUCGUAGAACUUAAAGUUACAAAAGCCCAGGCGGAGAUUCAAGGCGCCCCAGAACUUUAUAUUAGAGCUGGUUCUUUACUUAAAUUAGUUUGCACACUGAAGCAUUCAACUGAGCCGCCCGCGUUUGUCUUCUGGUACCACGAACAACGUAUGAUAAACUACGAUCCUGGAAUCAACGUAAAAGAAGGUCGAAGUUCGAGCAUCCUGCAUCUUCAAGAUGCGGACAAAAGUCACAACGGAAACUAUACGUGUAGUCCAUCAAAUGCUGUUCCAGCUUCGAUUAACGUGCAUGUUUUGAAUGCGACUGCUGAGGAGCAGCCCGCCGCAAUGCAGCACGCAAAUAGUUCCAGAAGCGAUCCUUCUCCGUUCUUGGUAAACUGUAGUCUCCUAUUAGUGAUAAUAAUGCAGCGUCUGCUCCAGACGAAAACGUGAUGUAAAUAGAAAUUAACUAUGUAUACAUAUUGGAAAGAAAAUCGAACUUCUAUUUUGUGAUAUUCCUUAUCUCCUUAAAUUCGCUACGGACGGGUAAAUUGAAAAUUCCAUUCCAAGAGUUGUGGUUUCAUGGUAACGUUGAAGUUUUUUAAAGUAAUUUAUCAGCGUACGUAUUUAAAGAGAAUUGAUAGUUCUGUGGCAUAUUAUUCGAUGUUUUGAUUCAAUUGGCCUUUAUGUAUGUCUGGUGAUUAUAUAUAGGCAGUCCUACGACCCUACUACGGGUUAUUAACACAAUUGGGAGAAAUUCAAUAUUUUUUAAGUAAUAAAACAGGCAAAUGGGAGCAAGGCGACACUUCAUGUGACGAACGUUCUGCAGAUGUUUUACUUCGUUUUACGAGGUGGUCAAAGUCGGAGCGUCAUCUAUCUGCGCGGUUUAGAGUAAAUAUUGCUGACAUAGAAUAGAGCUUUUAUUGAAUAAAACAAUGCCGCGUGCUAUCUUGUAUCGAAGACAUAGGAACAAUUUAUUUACUUUGUCUAACAUUUCCUUACUAACCAAAUUUUUCUUUCCAUAAUGUCAAUAUUAUUAAUAAUAAAUAGAUAUUGUAGAAUGCAAUUUUCAAUAACUUUAAAAAGCUAAUCCAACUCAUAAAAAAUCACCCAAAAAUAAAAAGAGAAAUGACAUAAAUAAUAUGUAAUUUUUUAUUUAGAAAUAUUUUCAUUUUCUAUCAUUUGCCAUAGAAUUAUUACAAUUAGCAAACUUUACAGUAUGUAUUUGCACUCCAGCUCCACUAAAAAUAUUCUAUAAGAAAAUUUCGAUAACGAUGCCUGGUAGUUCAGUUUUCAACUUUAUUCUUAACUUGAUGUCUAAUGUUUCGAUAUUCGAUAUAUUAGGGUUUGAACACUUUGCAAACUUUUUUAAUCACAUAUUUUCACGUCGCAUAUUGAAUUAUAGGUAUGGGUCACCAAUCCAAAAGCCCUUUUCCAGUUCUCACAUCUGCAAAAACAAUUCAUUUUAUCAGUUUUGUCGAUAACGAUGAUACGAGUCAAAUGACGUUCACUGACAGGGUAUAUUGAAAGAUAAAAUAGUUUUUUUUCUAAAUAAUAAGAAAAAUGAAAAUAAUUAAUAUGGCGCCAAAGGUAACGCCACUCAGUAUAGCAUUAUCGUUUGGUGGUGGCAGUCAUGUGACUUAACCUUCUUUUGCAGAAAUAUAGUUUAUUGACAGUUACAUUAUUGUUUUUUUUAACUUAUGCCCAUAAUAUAACAUAAUUUCAAUCUAAAACUCAGGAUUUGUUACGCAAGAUGGAAUUUUCAAAUUUCCCCAUGGGUAAACGUCAAUAAAUCUCUUUCAUAUCAUACGUAAUAUCAACACUGUAAAUUUGUACAUAUCAUAUCAAUCGUAAAAGCUAAAUUAUGUUAAAUAUGAUUAUACUGUACUAUAAAUCUUCUAAAUAUGCCAAAAAAAAAUCAAGUAAUUGUGUAAGGAUUGUAAUUUAUUUUUAUGGAAUACAUU